AUGAUGACGAUAGCCCGUCAACGAUAUGGGUUGGCUUUGCGCCAGACUGGUCGCCUCGUACAGACCUCGAGCAUGCCGGAUUUUGAGGUCACGAUGCGCUCCGUCGUCAUGCUUGCCAUGUUCGAGCUUGUCAAAGGAGCUUAUCAAGGACUAGGGCACGUUCAUGCGCAUGUUAUGGGCGGGCUUGCUCUGUUGCGACGAUGGCUACCUAUGCCAGCGGCCGCUUUCCUCGGUGUUCGUGCCAUGGUACAGAUGUCUUAUUCUCUUUUUAUACCUGCUCAAAUGUCCGCAACGCCUCUGCCGGACCCCCUGUUCGAAUGGAUUUCGUUUGCAAGAACCCUCCUCGACCCAGUCGACCAUCCUGCUACCGAUCUCGGCCCUUUGAUUGGGCGGUUCAUUCAGGUCUCAACGUACAUAAAGACUCAUGCUCUGGUCGACGGUCGUUCCAUCACAGUGUCCACCCUGAAGCAAUUAUUAGAUAUCGACGAGUCAUUCCUUGGUUGGGAACGAAACCUUGGGCCUACUUGGCGAUUUCGCGAAGAGAAAGCGGAGCACCUACCGGCCGCUGCGGUAUUCGAUGGCGCGUGUCAUGUCUAUUUCGACAUGUUUGUUGCACGGAUGUAUGGACAUUACCGAUGGGCGCGGACUCUCUUGAAUCAGACAAUUAUCGAAUUCAUCAAGGCGUACCCUAAAUCCAGCGCGCCCUUGAUCUCGUUGGCUGAAUACGGACAUCGAUACGAGGUCGUUAGAAAACUCGCCCGCGACACUCUCGUGAGCACCCCAACACAUUGGCGACACCCGCUUCUCACGGAAAAGGCUGCUGUGCCAGUCGAGAGACCAGGAGGGGCAGGCUCUGGCUCUGCCGGGCUUCCCGUUGUUCUGUUUCACCUUCAAGUCGCUGCCUGUGCUCCUGGUGUCCCAGAAGCAUACUGGGACUGGGUUGUGGCGGUGAUGGAGUGUAUAUGGAGUGAUAUGGGUAUUCUUCAUGCCAAGUGCAUGAUGGAUACGAUGAAGGCCUAUCGUGACUCGUUGAAGAUAAAGAAGGAGGUGGUCGAAAGCAGUGUGCGAUGA